AUGGCGUGGGAGAUAAUGCCAAAGACGUGGAUCAAGUUCUCGACCCGAGUGCUAGUCCAGGACAGGCGGGACCUCGCAGAGCUGAGGCGUAUGGCGCAGAUUGUUCUGGAUGGCGUGAAGAACGACUAUCGCACGGUGGUCACGUGGCGCACGAAGCUGGGCAAAGUGAAGGUGCUGGAACACCUGAAUGUUCUGCGCUGGCGCCUGCCCGAUGAGCGCGACUACGACUACGACAUGUCCCUGCAAUGCGUCGCGCCCGAGCGAGCCUUGGUGCGCUACGAGUACGACCGGAACCUCCUCUGGGUGACGCCCGGGGCCCUGGUGCAGCCGCUCUUCUACAGCGGCGCUGAACCGCACAUCAACCUGGCCACACUGGGUGCCUUGCUGGCCUACGAACUGUGGAGCGCCGCCCGUAGGCAUGUCCCGGCUCUGCAGCCACCUGGUGACGUGUCCUCGUUCGAGGAUGAAGUCUCCUGUCUCGUGACAGCUUACCGCAACAUCACCAACGACACGACCCCGGCCGAGUUCGUGGCGACCGAAAUAUACAGCCGGCAGAUGGCGUUGCGCACCGUCAUGGACUCCGCCCGCAAGUCCUUCCAACCGGCCAGGCGCUCAACGGGCCGAUGGCCCGACGUGGGCGAGGCUCAGCUUCUGUUCGUGCGCUACUGCUCGCUGUUCUGCGCGCGCCAGUCUGCGGGAAGGACGCGAGUAGCGCAGUGCGACGUGCCCGUGGCGUCGAUGCCCGAGUUCGCGAGCCUGUUCCGCUGCGGCCGCGUCGAUAACUUGGGUGCAGUGGCCGCCGACUGUGGGCCUACGUAGCUGCGGGUCACGGCGUGGUUCGCGACGCCGACAUAGCUGUCAAACUGUGGCCGUUACUAGCACCGUCGUUUCGACGACGUCGUCAUUCUCUUUCGAGGCACACUCCUUAUCCCUGUAUAUCGCCUAAAUUUUCCCUUUGGUUAAUUUUAUUGGUUUCUUAAUGCAUUCACGCCUAGU